UGCGUAGAUGUUCUCGCGUGAAUUCUCGCGAUACGCUCAGAAAGUGUCAAAGGCUCAGAAAUGGGUAUCUCCAGGGAUCACUGGCACAAGCGUCGUAAAACCGGAGGAAAAAGGAAGCCCUACCAUAAGAAACGAAAGUAUGAAUUGGGUCGCCCUCCUGCAAACACGAAGAUCGGUUCCCGCCGUGUUCACACAGUGCGCGUGCGGGGAGGCAAUAAGAAGUACCGCGCGCUGAGACUGGACAGCGGGAACUUCUCCUGGGGCUCUGAGUGUUGUACUCGCAAAACCAGAAUCAUUGACGUUGUGUACAAUGCCUCCAACAAUGAGCUUGUGAGAACCAAGACCCUGGUGAAGAACUGCAUUGUUCUGGUGGACAGCACACCGUACAGGCAGUGGUAUGAAGCUCACUACAUCAUCCCUCUGGGCCGCAAGAAAGGGGCGAAACUGACUCCAGAAGAAGAGGAGAUGUUGAACAAGAAACGGUCAAAGAAGGUUCAGAAGAAGAUUGAUGGCCGCAGGAAGAAGAGCAAGAUUAGCAGUUUGCUGGAGGAUCAGUUCCUGCAGGGAAAGCUUCUCGCCUGUAUUGCGUCCAGGCCCGGCCAGUGCGGCAGAGCAGACGGAUACAUCUUGGAAGGGAAAGAGCUGGAGUUCUACCUCCGGAAGAUCAAAGCCAGGAAAGGCAAAUAGACUCAAGCAAUAUAACCAGGGCACUACAGUACAAGCAUUUAAGGCUGAAAAUGACUAUGAAUGUGAAAAAUUCUUCAGGUCACCAGUGUGAAUUAUUACUUCCUAAUCGGCUACUUCCCUAAAAAUACUGCAUUUUGCACAAAAUAAAAUUUAUUGCACUUUCACACACCCAAGUACGGUCACUGUAUCCCUUGCACAGUACACUAUUUACUAACUACUAUUUAUUGUUUUUCUUUCAAUAUAUAUAUUUCAACUGUCACUUUAGCUCAUCUUUUGAGAGUCCAAUUUAAAUAUAGCCUAAAAUAAAUUUUGUACAUGUACAAUAAAGUGAUUCAAUCUUGAAUGUGAAUCUUAAGGGCAUAAGAGUAGAGCCCUGAUUACAUGAAACAAUAAAAUGUACCAUCUCAGGCUUUUA